AUGCCGUCCGACAAGAAAACAACGACGGUCAACGAUGGACCGCCCUGGAGUGAGCCGUCGUGGCUCACUCUUCCGUCGCCCUACUACAACGACUCGCACAGAAUCUUGCGCGACACGUUGCGCGCUUAUUACGACAGCAAUGUCAAACCCUAUAUGCUAGAUUGGGAGGAACAGGGCGACGUUCCGGACCAAGUAAGGCUAGAGCAUGCGCGUACCGGUCACCCGUUUGCAGACGUCCCAGAGCCGUAUAGACCAGCGGAUAUUCCAGGGCCAGCGGGCAUACCAGUAAAAGACCUAGACGUGUUUCACCUCAUGGUCAUGACCGAUGAAGGAAGUCGCAUUGAGGGAGGCGUGGGUACGGCAAUGGCAGGUGGAUCUAUCAUCGGGGUGCCACCAAUCGUGCACUACGGGACAGAGGAGCAAAAGAAGAAGUGGCUUCCAGGCCUAUUUAGUUGGGAAACAUCUUUCUGUCUGGGCAUCACAGAGCCAAGUGGUGGUUCGGAUGUCGCCAACAUCCAAACCACGGCCGUGAAGAGCAAGGACGGCAGCCAUUACGUUGUAAAUGGCUACAAGAAGUGGAUUACCGGUAUGCCAUGGGCGACACAUAUGACCACGGCCGUGCGUACCGGGGGCGAUGGCGCGAAAGGCAUCUCCGUUCUUGUCAUUCCCGCCUCCUCGCAAGGUUUCUCUCAUCGUCGCAUACCGAACAGUGGCCAGAAGGCUGGCGGUGCCAGCUUCGUUGAGCUAGACAACGUAUACGUUCCUGUAGAGAAUUUGAUUGGCAAGGAAAAUGAAGGCUUCCGCAUCAUCAUGAAGAACUUCAACAAGGAGCGAUUCAUCAUGUCAGUUGGUUGCAAUCGCAAAGCACGCACCUGCCUCUCCCAUUCCUUUGAAUACGCAGUCAAGCGACAUACCUUCGGGAAACCCCUCAUUUCCAAUCAAAUCAUCUCUCACAAGCUGGCCACGCUCGGACGGUAUGUGGAAUCACAUUGGGCUUGGCUUGAACAAAUUGCAUAUCAGAUUCAACAAUCGCCGCUCGGAUGGCAGGAUCCGGAGAUCGCGGGACAGAUUGCACUGUCCAAGGUGCACGGCGGGCGUAUUCUAGAGAUGGCAAAUCGCGAGGCGCAGCAGAUUUUCGGGGGUGCGGGAUAUCAGAAAGGUGGUCCAGGAGCAGUGGUGGAACAGAUCAGUCGGGAUCUGAGGAUGAUGGUUGUUGGCGGUGGUAGUGAAGAAAUUAUUGCCGAUCUAGCUGUGAGGCAGGAAACAGCGCUUGCUAGGAAGAGGGUCGCUAAUGGGUCCCUAUUCAAAGAUGCGCCUGGACACACCGCCGUCAUACCAUCGUGGAAAGUCCAAUCAUCUUCCGAAGUCGGCAAUGAUGUGACUAAGCUCUCUGCACCGGAUCUUGAUGUAUCCGACUGGUACUCCAUUGGAUCCAGAGGCACGUUGAUGGCAUCAUUACUCGAGAACAGUGUCUACCACGAAAACAAUCUCUUCUAUUCAACACAAUUGGAAAAUGUAGACCAUACGCAAUUUCAAGUACCAUGGUUCUACCGCGCCGAGAUCGACUUCCUCUCCGGAAAUACGAGCGUCGGCAAUUACUUUCAGCUCAAGACGCACGGCAUCUCGUCGCGGGCAGACAUCUACCUCAAUGGUGCGCUCAUUGCAAACAAAACCGUGCAAGCUGGUGCAUACACAGGCUUGACGUAUGACAUUGCGACCAAAGUGAAGCCAGGGAACAACGUGCUACUAAUACGGAUCUAUCCUACGGAUUACAACCGCGAUUUUGCGCUGGGCUUCGUUGACUGGAAUCCUUAA